AUGCAAGUCCCCAGCCCCAGCGCCCGUGAGGCCGCCUCCAUGUACGGCACCGCGGUGGCCGUCUUCCUGGUCAUCCUGGUGGCCGCCCUGCAGGGCUCGGCGCCCCCCGAGAGCCCCUUCCCCUACCGCAUCCCCCUGGACCCCGAGGGCACCCUGGAGCUGUCCUGGAACGUCAGCUACACGCGGGAGCUGGUCCAUUUCCAGCUGCUGGUGCGGGAGCUCAAGGCCGGCGUCCUGUUCGGCAUGUCGGACCGCGGGCAGCUGGAGGAUGCCGACCUGGCCGUACUCUGGACUGACGGAGACAAGGCCUACUUCGGGGACGCCUGGAGUGACCAGAGGGGGCAGCUCCACCUGGACCCCCAGCAGGAUUACCAGCUGCUGCGGGCGCAGAGGACCCCGGCAGGCCUGUCCCUGCUCUUCAAGAGGCCCUUCAGCACCUGCGACCCCCGAGAUUACCUCAUCGAGGAUGGCACCGUCCACCUGGUGUACGGCAUCCUGGAGCAGCCGUUCGCGUCGCUGGAGGCCAUCAACACCUCGGCCCUGCAGACGGGGCUGCAGAGGGUGCAGCUGCUGAAGCCGGACAUCUCCGUCCCCGCCCUGCCCCCGGACACGCGCACGAUGGAGGUCCGCGCCCCCGACGUCCUCGUCCCCGGCCAGGAGACCACCUACUGGUGCUACGUCACCGAGCUCCCGGGCGGCUUCUCUCGGCACCACAUCGUCAUGUACGAGCCCAUCGUCACCGAGGGCAACGAGGCGCUGGUCCACCACAUGGAGGUGUUCCAGUGCGCCGCCGAGCUCGAGAGCGUCCCCCAGUUCAGCGGGCCCUGUGACUCGAAGAUGAAGCCCGCCCGCCUCAACCACUGCCGCCACGUGCUGGCCGCCUGGGCCCUGGGCGCCAAGGCCUUCUACUACCCGGAGGAAGCCGGCCUCGCGUUCGGGGGCGCGGGAUCGUCACGCUUCCUCCGCCUAGAGGUUCACUACCACAACCCGCUGCGGAUGCAAGGCCGGCGUGACUCCUCGGGCAUCCGUCUCUACUACACGGCCACCCUGCGACGCUUCGAUGCGGGCAUCAUGGAGCUGGGCCUGGUGUACACGCCCGUGAUGGCCAUCCCCCCGCAGGAGGAGGCGUUCGUCCUCACAGGCUACUGCACGGACAAGUGCACCCAGCUGGCCCUGCCCCCCUCAGGGAUCCACAUCUUCGCCUCGCAGCUCCACACGCACCUGACGGGGAGGAAGGUGAUCACCGUGCUGGCCAGGGGCGGCCGAGAGAGGGAGGUCGUGAACAGGGACGACCACUACAGCCCUCACUUCCAGGAGAUCCGCAUGUUAAAGAAGGUCGUGUCCGUCCACCCGGGGGAUGUGCUCAUCACUUCCUGCACAUACAACACGGGAGACAGGAAGCUGGCCACCGUGGGUGGCUUCGGCAUCCUGGAGGAGAUGUGCGUCAACUACGUGCACUACUACCCCCAGACACAGCUGGAGCUCUGCAAGAGCUCCGUGGACCCCGGCUUCCUGCAGAAGUAUUUCCACCUCGUGAACAGCUGCCGGGGCAAGGGCGGGGGGAGUUUGGCUUGGGACAAGGGUGAAUGGGACCGUCAGCCCCUGCCGGAGAUCGUCUCCAAGCUGGAAGAGCCCACCCCCCGGUGUCCCGCCAGCCAGGGUCAGAGUCCCGCCGGCCCCACCGUGGUCAGCAUCGGCGGGAGCAAAGGUUGA